GGAAUCCUCGGGCACCGCUGCCUUGGAGAUACUGAGGCACCAAAAAACCUCACCUCCAGUUUUCAUCAAGGCGCGCUAUUGGAACUCGGUGUCCAUGAACCACGUGCUCAUCAGGGAGGGGGAGAAGAAAACUAAAAUGCAUGGAAACCGAAACUUCUCAUAAAACAAGAAGCCCUCCGUUGCUCUCCAGCAUUUGGUGGCCAGAAUGUCGUCUGCCAUUGGGAUGGAGGCCGUCGUCGCGGCCGCAGCGGGAGCCACAUUAAGCGUGGACUUUCUCAUUCAUCCCAUGGACACACUCAUAACACGGAUGCAAUCGCCCAUGUACACGACGCAGUACAAAUCCGUCAAUGGCGCCGUAAGCCGGACGCUCUUCCUCGGGCUGUACCAGGGGUUCGGCCCCACCAUCAUCACCAGCAUACCGUCGUCGGCGGCCUUCUUCACGAUUUACGAGGGGCUCAAGGGCUACGCGCUACGCGCCAAAGAGGAGGGCCGUUUGGCGGGCGUGCCGUUGCCUGUCCUGUACGGGGCGAGCGGCGCGGCGGCGAGUCUUGUUAGCUGUGCUAUUACGAACCCUGCCGAGGUGUUGAAGCAGAAUGCGCAGGUGUACAGGAGAGAGCCUUCUCAUUCAGGUGGAGGCGUUGGCAGCGGCAAGGUCACAUCUCCGACGAUGAACACGUUGAGGCGUUUCGCGAAGCAGCCGACCAAGUUGUGGGCUGGGUAUACGGCGCUCGUGGCGAGUGAUUUGCCCAAUACCACGUUGACAUUUUGUCUCUACGAGACUCUCAAGGAACGGUUCCUCGGAGGGGAGGGCAAGAGUCGGGAGAGGAGCGCGUCGCAGCAGGUUCUCGCGAGCGGUUUGUGCGCUGCUGCUGCCGGGAGCGCGUCGUCGAGCUUGUUUGUGCCCAUCGAUGUCGUCAAGACGAGGAUGAGGCUCGCGGCUGGCGGAGAGGUGACUGGCGAGAAUGGGCCGUCCAAGACGUCGAUUGGUUCUCCCCGUGCAAAGAUUGGCCCGAUUGCGGUGGCCAAGGGGAUCGUCUUGAAAGAAGGCGUUCGAGGAUUGUUUAGAGGGGCCACAGUGACGGUCUUGGCGGCGGGUUUUGGUGGCGGGCUGUAUAUUGGCUGCUACGAGGCCAUCAAGAUUCAUCUGAGCUAGAAAGGCUUCCAGAUUGUACAAUAUGUAGAACUAAAUCUCACGUAGACGGCAGGGACGCAAGUCAUGUAAUACCACUCUUCUCGAUUCAGC